AAGCCCCUCGGAACCUCUUUCAUAACCUUGAUUAUUAUAAGGUGAUCGACUGACGGUGCCAUAUCAGAUUUUACCAAAAUGAAGUCCGUGAUAGCAUUGGUCUUGUUCCUUGCAGUCCAGUAUGUGGAGUGUGAACAAGUUUUGUAUGAUCGUAAGCAUCACAAAGCCAUCAUCCUCAGACCAGGAAAUGGUUGUUAUGAAUACCACAUGAACCAUCAAGAAUCUUUGGAAUCAUUUGAUGACGCACAAAGACCCGCAUUAGAGGCAAAAAUGAUCGAGGCCUUGGACUGCAGUACUGACAUUCAUGAGGUUGGUCAUCACAGCAUCGACCAUUUAUCCCAAGAGAUCAAGAACGCAUGCGCCAAUGUCCCAGUGUACGGGUUUGACCAGACAGGUUGUCCAACUUCAGUUGCAAUGCCAAUGACGUCAGUAACUCCAUGAAAUUAUUUGUAAACUUGUCAAUAAAACAUCCCCCCAAAAA